AUGGCUAUGAAUAGAUCAAUUGAAAAUACAAACUCCUCUUAUUAUUCAUCAAUAAUUAUACCGACUAGUUUUCUAUGUCCAGCAUUUUUAGUAUCUGUUAUUAUCUAUAUUUAUCUUCGUAAAUAUCAUCAAAAUUUUAAUGCAGAUGAAAAACAAAGACAUAUUCAUAUUCUACAAGAACAUAUUAAUUAUUUCAAAGAAAUAAAUGAAAAACAACAAGAUAAACGAAUUCUAUCAUCAAAUUUAUGUCGAUUUCAUCAAAAUAAAUAA